CCAUUUGCCCAACACAAUCAAAUCUAGGCCCAAACCCUCAGGCAUAGUCUAUCCUCUAUCGUUGAGAUCGGAUGGCAGUGAAGAAUAUGGAGAUCAUGGGCCUAGCGCUGGUCGCCGUCCUCGCGGUGGCAUCGCUCGCCCGGCCGGGCUCGGCGCAGUCCACGUCCGGCUGCACGCAAGUGCUGAUGACACUGACCCCGUGCCUGAACUACGUCACGGGGAACUCCUCCGCGCCCUCCUCGACCUGCUGCUCCAUGCUCGGCUCCGUCGUCCAGUCGCAGCCGCGGUGCCUCUGUCUGCUCCUGAACGGUGCCUCGUCGUCGCUCGGCUACAACAUCAACCGGACGCUCGCCCUCGCGCUCCCCGACGCGUGCAACGUGAACACGCCGUCGGCGAGCCUAUGCAACGCGCUGUCUCCCUCAAGUGCUCCAACAAGAAGUCCCCCUGCAGACGACAACACACCCACUGCCCCAACAGCAUCAUCAACCCCGACUGUUCCUUCUGGGUUAAAGACUACAUCAACCACAAGUGGAAGCAAAGGCAUUGGAGUGUCUCUUGGCUCUAUGUUCUUCGCCCUAAUUUUGGCGUCAUUUGGAUCAAAUCCUUUCGAAUUCUAAGAUGGAGAAAUCUUGUUUAGUACCACUAUGUCCUAUUU